GGAAUGGGAUCGGGAUCGGGAAUCCCGACCCCGCUGCUGCUCCUGCUGCUCUCCGCUCUCCAUCCCAUAAUAGGGAACAUUCCCGAGCCGCUGCUGGUGCUGGAGGGGCCGGAGCGGGGCGGCCUCCGGCUCCGCUGCCUCUCGGAGCCCCCGGAUCCGCGGGCCCGGCUGCUCUGGAGCGGCCCCGGGGCCCGGGACGGGUCGGGCCGGGCGGAGCCGGGACCCGCGGGCUCGGUGUCGGUGCUGCUGAGGCCGGACCCGGGGAACCGAGCGACCUGCAGGGCCCUGGGACCGAGCCCGGUACCGGCGGCGGAAUCGAGAGUCAUCAUCGCCGCUCCGUCCCCGUGGCUCCCGGCUCUGCUGCUGCUGCUGCUGGGGCUGAGCCUGCCCCUGGCGGCCGCGCUGCGACUGCGCCAGCGGAUCAAGGCUGAGCUCGAAUUCAGGCGGGCUCAGAGCCACGCAGUGUCGCUGACCCUGGACGAGCCCUGUCCCCUCCCGCCCGUGGCCACCCCGGGCCGGUCCCCGCUGGCCGCGGCCCCGGGCUCCGGGCAGCGCCGGGCCCUGGCGGUGGCACGGGAGGGAUUUUCCCAUGGGAAGCAUUACUGGGAAGUGGAGCUGGGCCACGGGCACGCGUGGGAGCUGGGAGUGCUGGCCCAGGAAAUCCGCGAUUCCCUGCGGGAUUCCCGGCAUGAUUCCCAGAGGGAUUCCAUGCAGGAUUCCCUGCAGGAUUCUCUGCUGAAUUCCCAACGUGAUUCCCUGCAGAAUUCCCAGCGUGAUUCCCAGAGGGAUUCCCUGCCCAAUUCCCUGCAGGAUUCUCUGCAGGAUUCCCAGAGUGAUUCCAUGCAGGAUUCUCUGCAGAAUUCCCAGCUUGAUUCCAUGCAGGAUUCCCAGCCCAAUUCCAUGCAGAAUUCCCAGCAUGAUUCCCUGCAGGAUUCCCAUCCCGAUCCCCAUCCCGAUCCCCAUCCCUCCCUGCCCGUGGCCAAGGCUCCAGCCCUGCGGUAUUCCCGGGGGGAAUUCCGGCUCCCGGGCGGGAAGCUGGAGCGGAAUUCCGGGCGCUGCUCCGUGCUCGGGGUGCUCCUGGAUCAGGAGCGUCGCGUCCUCUCCUUCUUCGAUGCCGAGGAAAAGCAGCGCCUGGGAUCCGUCCCCCUGGAAAUUCCCGGGAAUCUUUUCCCGUUCUUCAGCCCGGGAGGUGCCGGGAAUGCUCUGGGGAUCCGGCCCGUGGGGGUCUGAAACCGCCGGGAAGAUUCGCUGUUAAAAACUGAAUGAACUGAAAAUGAAAUAAACAUGUUAAAAAUUA